AUGCCUUUAAACGAACUGCGCCGCGGCAGUGCGACAACGGCAGCAGCCCGCAACAACCACAGCGCACACCACUACUCCGCCAUGCUCGACGCUCUUGAAGAGGAUCCGGGAGUUAACACCCGCAGCCUUGCGAUGAGACUCGGCGAUCUCAAGGCGAUAUUACGAGAACAAAAACCGGAAGAGACCAGUGGUUCAGUGAGCGGUGAGCCGGCUCAAACUAUCGCUAAGCUCUACAAGGAAGACCUCCAUGUGUCCGAAUUGUCAAGAACUGAACAGAUAGAAGCAGGCUAUCGACCACAAGCGGUCAGAAUCGCUCAUUAG